GCCGAGAUAAAACGUUCAAGUUUUCAUUUUGGGAAAAAGAAAGUUAAUAUCUGCAAAGAUGUCAUCGUCCUAUGAUGUGGCUUCUUCCAUGAGCAAAAGGAUUGAUAACCCCAACAUUGAGAAAAAAAUGAAAGCGCUUAUAGUAGAUGAUGAUCCUGUAGUUCGAAUGGUCCACAAAGCACUUCUAAGGAAAUUUGGCGCUGAAACUCAUGAGGUGAAAAAUGGCCAAGAAGCUGUUUUUGCUCAUCGCUCCGGUGAAUGCUUUGAUUUGAUUUUGAUGGACUUAGAUAUGCCAGUGAUGGACGGUCGUCAGGCAACUAAGGAACUUCGAGACAUGCAUGUGGUUAGCUUGAUUGCGGGAGUGACUUCCCUUGGAGAAGCUGAGAAGAAAUCAUUCAUGGAUGCUGGUCUUGAUUAUUAUUAUCAGAAACCGCUUACUAUUGAUGCAGUUCGUUAUCUUGUGGAGAAAAUAAAGAAUGAUGCUUAGACCUAUCAAAAAGCACUUGGUUUGAAGAUGACAGAACAUUAAUCUUUAGGGACAUUAAGGAAAUAAGUCGACAACUUGAUUUGUCGAGACUAGUUAUAGUACCUUUUUGUUAUGGUUUCUAAAGUAUGUAUGUCAUACAUACUUGCUAUUAUCAAUAAAUUUUCUUUCU